AUGGUGCGGAAGUGGGGCGUCUUGUUCAAAGGGGAUCGCGACAUCCAAGAAUUUUUGGAACGGCUGGAAGAAUUGGCAGAAAGCGAUGGGUUCGAAAUGGACCACCUGCUGCCAUGCAUCCCAAUACUGCUUCGCGAAAAGGCUCUCUUCUGGUAUCGCAACAACAAGAGAGAUUGGGCCUCUUGGGAAAACUUUGUGUCGGACCUGAAAGCUUUUUAUCUGUCUCCGGGCCUCGAGCUGGAAGAGCAGAUCCGGAACAACGUACAGGGAGCAACCAAGACCGCGGCAGAAUACGCAACAAGACUUCAAACGCUGAUGCGAAGACAUGGCCAAAUGUCAAACGCGGCCCGUCUUACCCAGUUAUAUCAAAAUAUGAGACCGAAAUAUCGUCGAUACAUGAAGUGCACCGAGUUUGCUAGCGUCCUGGGACUUUUACGACUCGCAGGCGAGUACGAGCAACUCGUCGCUCAAGAGAAAACUCCAGUGGUCAAAGAGACCAAGCAAUCGGCCCGGAAACCCGCCAAAACCGUUGAACCAGCGCCUCUAGAAAUUUUUGAGUAUAACUGGCUAGAAUGUUGUUGGCGAUGUCGCCAAACGGGGCACACCAAAGCGCAAUGUACGAAUCGGUGA